GAUGCUUUCAAACAGAGGCAAAGCUGGAACCAAAGUAACCGAGCGGCACUUGAACGCAGCAUCAGACUCCAGGUUCCUCACACGGACACACACAACCAGCAGCGUGUGUUUGCGACUCGCUGCUCGGUGGUCUGCGUUGUCCAGCAAAUAUACCGUCAUGCUCUUGAUGUUUCGGGCACAAUACCGCAGUUCGACAGCGACCCAGAACAUGUAAGGAGCGUCGAAACCGCUUUGAUUCGUACUGCACGCGGCAGACGUAAUCGGCGUUGAAAACAAAAGGAGUUGGCGAAAGAGAAAGACGAUGGUGGAAAGACCAGAAGAGGACCUGCGAUCCAGUCUAUUGAAAUUCGCACGAAACUUUUUAAGGUUAUGAAAGCGAAUCGUUUAGUAUGUCGGACCCAAGUCAACCGAGCCGGAACAAGUCCCAUUUUGUUCCUGAAGCCUUGCUGAAGCGCUCAAAAAGCUGCCGCAGCAACAACAGGAAGAGUCUCUGUGUCGGAUCGCCAUCACCCACUUUGUCCCGACCCCUCUCUCCCCUCUCAGUCCAUACAGCCGCAAGCAGCCCACUGGACAGCCCACGAAAUGUGUCGACCAGUGCCUGCGUCAACUUUCCGUUUGCCCGAAGUCACUUGGCUCGUGCAGACAGAGCUGAGGGCCGUAGAUGGUCUCUGGCAUCCCUCCCUUCGUCAGGCUAUGGAACCAACCCACCAAGCUCAACUGUUUCAUCCUCAUCCUCCUCCCAGGAGCGCCUUCAUCAGCUUCCCUACCAGCCAACCCAAGAUGAGCUGCACUUCCUUUUCAAACACUUCCGUAGCACGGACAGUAUAACUGACGAGGAUGGCCGGCCCACGACCGUCAUGCGACCUCGCUCCCGGAGUCUGAGCCCUGGGCGAUCAAGCGUCUCCUUUGACAAUGAGAUAGUCAUGAUGAACCAUGUUUACAGAGAACGCUUUCCAAAGGCCACAGCCCAGAUGGAGGAGAGAUUGUUGGAAAUUGUUACCCACUGUUCUCCAGAAAGCUCACUCCCGUUGGCUGAUGGGGUGUUGGGUUUCAUCCAGCACCAGUUGGUCGAGUUGGUCCGUGACUGUUUGGAGAAGUCCCAGAAAGGUCUGGUUACAUCUCGCUACUUUGCUGAGCUUCAGGAGAAGUUGGAAAAGCUCCUUCAUGAGGCCUACGAGCGCUCGGAAAGUGAGGAGGUGACUGUCAUCAUCCAGCUGGUGAGGAAAAUCCUGAUCAUCAUCUCUCGGCCGGCUCGCCUCCUCGAGUGUCUGGAGUUUGAUCCGGAAGAGUUCUACCAUUUGCUUGAGGCAGCAGAAGGUCACGCCAAAGUCGGCCAGGGGAUCAAAUCGGACAUCCCUCGAUACAUCAUCAGCCAGUUGGGUUUAGCACGAAACCCUUUGGAGGACAUGGUGCAGCUUCAACAGUGUGAUUGCAGUCCCUCAGUGUCGAUUGAGCCAGAUGGGGAGAAUAAAACCCCGCAGGCUGUGACCCCAACUCGCCGGAAACCUCUUGAGAGCGAUUUUGAGACCAUUAAACUCAUCAGUAACGGGGCUUAUGGGGCUGUUUAUCUGGUCCGCCACAAGGAGACUCGUCAACGGUUUGCCAUGAAAAAGAUCAAUCGUCAAAACCUCGUCUUAAGGAACCAGAUUCAGCAAGCGUUUGUGGAGAGAGACAUCUUGACUUUUGCAGAGAAUCCCUUCGUUGUGUCCAUGUUUUGUUCUUUCGAGACGAGACGCCAUCUCUGCAUGGUCAUGGAGUACGUGGAGGGUGGCGAUUGCGCCAACUUGCUGAAGAACAUGGGUCCACUACCUGUAGAAAUGACAAGGAUGUACUUUGCCGAAACCGUCCUGGCCCUGGAGUACCUUCACAAUUAUGGGAUAGUGCACAGAGACCUCAAACCUGACAAUUUGCUGAUCACAUCCAUGGGCCACAUUAAGUUAACAGACUUUGGCCUGUCAAAAAUUGGCCUGAUGAACAUGACCACAAACCUCUACGAGGGUCACAUGGAGAAAGAUACAAGGGAAUUUGUUGAUAAACAGGUGUGUGGUACUCCAGAGUACAUUGCCCCAGAGGUGAUUCUCAGGCAAGGAUACGGGAAACCAGUAGACUGGUGGGCAAUGGGAAUCAUCCUUUAUGAGUUCCUAGUUGGUUGUGUUCCAUUCUUUGGCGAUACUCCCGAGGAACUUUUUGGCCAAGUUGUCAGUGAUGACAUCAUUUGGCCUGAAGGAGACGACGCUUUGCCAAUGGACGCACAGGACAUGAUUACCCAUCUCUUGAGGCAGAGCCCCCUAGAAAGACUGGGAACUGGUGGGGCCUCAGAGGUCAAACAGCACGCCUUCUUCGUGGGUUUGGACUGGAAUGGACUAUUACGACAAAAAGCAGAAUUCAUCCCUCAGCUUGAUUCAGAAGAUGAUACAAGCUACUUUGACACACGAUCCGAGCGCUAUCAUCACAUGGCGUCUGAUGAAGAUGAGGAAACCAAUGACGAAGAGUCUUCGCUGGAAAUCAGGCAGUUUUCCUCGUGGUCGCAUCGUUUCAGCAAGGUGUACAGCAGCACAGAACAUUUGGCUACGCCAUCCAAUUUGAGCUUUUCAUCUGAUCGCAGUCACAGCGAGGACAAAGAGGACCGCGUCGAUGUUGGAGGGCGUAGUCCCUCCACAGGUCCAGCAGAUGGCGCUCUGGAGCCCAGACUCCCAGGACGCAUGGCCAGCCUCUGCCCUCGGGCAUCACCCAGGUCCUCCCAGUCUGAGAGGAGCACCAGUCCCCUGGUGAUGAGCAGCACACACAGCCUAGAGAUGACACCUCGCUUUGCUGUCUCAACAGAUGACGAGGCUGAAGUCGUCGUUUCCAAACUUCGAAGGAUCCGGAUCCGCAGCAACAGCACAGGGGCCAAACACUCAUCCCCCAAAGAGCCAGCUGGCCCACGGCGAUUUGGUAACCAACUUGAGACACCGGACAGACAGAGGCUUCCGUGUGGAGGCAAAGUUCCCAAGUCCGCCUCUGUUUCAGCUCUGUCGCUCAUCAUAACCACAGAUGACGGCCUCCAGCCCAGUCCCAUCUCCCCAAGGUCACUGUCCUCAAACCCUUCCUCUCGUGACUCCUCCCCCAGCCGGGACCUGUCCCUCAGUCCCGGUAGCAUAAAGCCGCCAAUCAUCAUUCACACUUCGGGCAAGAAGUAUGGCUUCACAAUGCAGGCUAUCCGCGUCUACAUGGGUGACAGCGAUGUCUACACGGUCCAUCACAUGGUGUCGAGUGUGGAUGAGGGCAGUCCCGCCUACCAGGCAGGGUUACGCACUGGAGAUCUCGUCACUCACGUGAAUGGAGAGUCCGUCCAAGGCCUGGUUCACACCGAGAUGAUUGAACUACUCUUGAAGAGUGGCAGCAAGGUGGCGCUCCAGACCAUAGCCCUUGAGAACACAUCCAUCAAAGUUGGUCCAGCCCGAAAAACCAAACACAAAGGAAAGAUGGCCCGUCGUAGCAAGCGGAGCAAGAGGAGAGAUAACUAUGAUAGGAGACGCAGCAUCCUGAAGAAGUUAUCCAAGCAGAGCACAGUGAUGCACAGCAGUCGCAGCUUCUCGUCAGGUCUCCACCACUCCGUUUCCUCGAGUGAGAGUCUUCCAGGUUCGCCGACACACAGCCUCUCUCCAGGCCCCUCCACGCCCUGCCGAAGCCCUGCGCCUGACCAUCAGGCCUUUGAUAACUCUCCUCAGAGCACUUCUCCAUGUUCCAGUUCUCCCAAUUCCCCUGCCGCACACAUCCGACCAAGUUCUCUCCACGGUUUGGGCUCCAAGCUCAGCACACAGCGUUACACCAAGGUGGGCCGCCGGAAGUCAACCAGCAACAUCCCGCCUUCACCCCUCGCCUGCUCCUCUUCUUCGGCACAGCCGCUUUCUCCACAGCGCUCUCCCUCACCGUUGCCGGGAUUCGGCAAAACACUUCACCCCUUCCAUGGCAAAACCCUGUCACCGCCCACCAUCGUUAGGCACAUCGUGCGGCCCCGCAGUGCAGAACCACCUCGAUCUCCCCUCCUCAAGAGGGUCCAGUCAGCUGAGAAACUAUCUGGAAUGUAUCACGCCGAUAAGAAGUCAUACACCCCCCGCAGGCACACCCUGGAAGUGCCCUUUUACAGUGAAGGGGAGCUGCUUGUUGACUCAGAAGCAGAUGGGAGCUUCUCUGGCUCUCACCAGGGGGUCGACCACUCCAGACUCUGCAGCUACUUGGGCGGCCAGAGGAUGUGGGACUCGGGGCCCGAGCGAUCAGAGCAACUGGUUGUCAUGCGAAAGCUCAACCUCUCGGAGCGCCGCGACUCCUUCAAAAAGCAGGAGGCGGUCCAGGAGGUGAGCUUUGACGAGCCCGAGGAGAAAACGAGCGCUACGGCCACCUCUGGGGUUCAACAAAAGCAAGCCCAGAAACAGCUGCAACACAGGACCACUUGGCUGGCUAAGACUGGAUCGCAAAACAGCCAGGAGGUGGAGCUGCAGGUGCCUACGAUACGGAGGUUCACCCUCGUGCCCCAAAUCGCCGUGCAGGGCUCGACAGAGAGCGAGGAACAGGAUGAGUGGGAGCCAUGUUCAGACGGCGAGGAGGCCCAGCAGGAGCUCACCGUCACUUCGUCUCAGCCACAGCAGCUGGUGGACCUGCUUCGCGAUCAGAGCUGCAGCCAUGAAGAGGACACGUCCAGUUCCACUCAAGUCGGACAAUCGGCUGCAAAGUCCGAGUGCGGACAGGAGACGCCACAUAAGGCACAUGUCAAAAAGUGAUAGCUGGCCCUGCACUGAGGGUGAUGAGAAAGUGGCAGAUUUUACUUGAAUUUUUGUACUGUACAUAUUUGCUUGGUGGACCUGCCGGUCUUAUUUAUUACAAUUGUAAAGCACGGUGCAUUAAGUGCAAGGGAGGGAAGGUCUUAAUGGUUCAACAGCCACGGCUCAACUUUUUGUAUCCGUGAGAUGUGUUUUUUGCCUCUGUGACUGGAUGUCAUUCAGUUUUAUUUUUUAUAAAUGUCUAUAUUUUUAAAUAAAUUGCUGUGGUACCAAGUAAGUUGAAAACGCUGGGAAUUGUUAUUGGACCAAAAUGUGCUAGAAGUUGUUUUUAGAAUGUUAUGUUGUUCAUGUUACACCUUCCCCGCCUUUCACAUUGUUUUGACCUUCAGCUUCCACUCGUAACACCAGUCGAAAAUCCCCAGGACCUUUGGCCUUGUGUCCCACACUGUGAGCAACAUGGUGGAUAUGUUUUUUCUUGUGCAUACAUAAGGCAUGGAAAUCAUCCCUGCAUCACAUACCCGUCCCUUUUGCUGCCUGCUUAGGACUCCUUACGCACAACACGACAACAUAACUUGCCCUCAUUAGACUGCAAAAUCAAAUUUAGACGAACUGGAAAACUGCUUACAAUGUUUCACUUGUUAAAAAAACAAACAUAUUAGUGGAGCGGUAAUGAAUGUAACAUUAGUCAUCUGAAUAUUUCAUCUUUGUGUUGUAGUUUAAAAAAAAUACUGAAUACUGACCAGGUUUUCUGCCGUUUGCAAUUCAUGGUCAGAGCAUUGUUUUGUGUAUGCACGCACGCUUGUGUAAAACUCAUCUGAUGAAAUCCUGUGCUCAAAGUAAUAUCUUUAGAUUUGGAUCACGUGCGCCGUUUGCGAUCCAAACAGGUUGUUCCUGUUGUUUGACUGUGUUCAAUGCAAAGUGUCGUGUCUGUGACACGAACAACCUUCAGCAGCCAAAUCGAAGUCCAUGUCUUCUUUGCAACCGUGAGUUAAGAGGGGCUUUUGUAAGCGUACAACAUGAUAUUGUAUUUCGCCUUUUGUUCAAAAACUAAUGCUAAAUGUGUUGCUUUUGUAUCUUUAUUCACAUCAGCAAAGAGACACCUUGCUUUCCUACCUAUCUCUAUUAAAAGUGUGUUCAAGUUUACAGCAUGCUUGGGGAGUGCACUCAUGUAUUCAGACGUUCAUUUUGUACUUUUGGCUGAAUGUGCGAGGUAAACAGAAAUGUUAAAUCUGAAACCAGGGCUUGUUGAAACAUGUGUUUUUGUACUUGUAUUUUGUGUAUAAAUGUCUAUUUUCAUAAGGUUGUGAACAUGUUAAAGGACAUGAGACACACAAGGACAAUGAUGACAAGUUGCACAAGUUCACAAAAUCUGCCGUGAGGGAUGUGGCCUGUAAUUCAGCGCGGUGUUUUCAUGAUCUGUUCCGAAUAGUAACCCUCCCACUCCCAAUCCCUUCCCCACCCCUCAAGCACAGUGGUGUACUUCAGUCCGAAUAGAUUGGUUUACUUUCCACUUCUGCAAAGAUUCACAACUUUUUUGUCCUCACCACAAGCAUUUUGUGAUUUGUGCGAGUGUGCGACGGAAUUGUUUACAACAAAAUUCAAUGGUACUGUACAGAUCUUCAAGAUGAAACUUCCCUUUUUCAUACCUUAAAUGAAUGUUACAAAAGUAGACGUUUUUCAGUUGUUUCUGCAAUUCGUUUUGAAUACAUUAAGCUAAGUGCAAAAAUCAGCAAGCAAAAUGACUUGUGAUCUGUUUACAGGCACUUAUAGAACAGGAUUAAUGUCGUGUUUGGAACAACAUUGGUGGAUUUCUUGUCUCAAUUGUUUUUUUUGUGUGUGUGUUUUCAAGUUAUGGUAUUUAUGGGCAAUGCGUGAAUAUUGACAACUUUAAAAAUAAUACAAUUCGGUGAUCAAGACUUCCGAUAGACGGGAAAAGUAAUAAACUGCACAGUACACAUGUAUUUUGAAAAAGUAUUGGGAUGCUAUCGUGAAUGGUGAUGGUUGAGGUUAAGUUGUGCUAAACUAAAUUUACCCAAGCAGGCCUCUUUGGACAUGCUCUAUGCUCAUUCUGCAACAGUGUUCACUAUGAUUCGCAAGGUAUUUUUGAUAUGACAAAAAAGUCUAGAUGUUAAUUUUCCAGUCCCGCAUGAAAAAUGUGUUCUCCCAAAAUCUUUGUUCUUCAAGUGUGUCUUGUGGUAAAGAGGAAGUCAAGUCAAAAACCCUAUUCUAAACACGGUAUUCUGAUUAAUUAUUGAGUUUGUGGAUUCUGAAUUAAGAUGAAAAUCUCACCUGCUUUUAUCCAUCUGAAGGGUCUGACAACAGUAAUGGCACCAGUUACCCCAACCUAAGUGAUGUAAUGAAAGCAAGCGGUCAGGAACACAUGAUCAUUUUCUCAAGAAAAACGGCACACUGUUGUAAAUGUGCACGUUUUCUCCUGUGGACGCUUCUGUUCAAUGCAUGCUGCAUGAAACAAGCACACAUCUGUAAUACUUGAUUGCAUGGUAUAUUGGCGCUGUCGCCCAGUACUGUGUAUUCUUGUGGGAAAAUAAAAUUUGUAUUGCUCUUCGACCAAA